UUUUUAAUCUCCCUCCACGAGACCCCCAUUUCACAAAAAUUCUGAAAAUUCUCUUGGUUGGAAUCGACGGCUGCUCUCAAACACAAUGCCCUAAUUCCUCUUACAGCUGAAGUCGACGAGAACCCCCAUCUUCUAGCGCGCGCCUCCGACGUCAAUCCCAAAGACCUUCGACCACCUUAUGCGCUCCGUUCGUCACCAUCUUUGGCUUUCCUAUCUUCGACUGUCGCACGCAAAGGUAAACUCGCUCCGUAUCUACUCCACAUCGCAGCACACCCUUGACCUUCCAUCUUCAGCGCACUUGUUCGUCCCCAUCUCCGGCUGUCAUUGAUGAUGUUGAUAGCGAUUUCGGGGCUAUGGAGGCUGGGAAAACACGAAGUAACAGCCCAAUCAUUCUGAUUUUCAGCUUGUGGACACAAUAUGUGAAGGUAAUUUCUGUAAGUAUAUUAUUUCUUCUUUCCCAAUUUGCACAAAUAGAAACUGCAUCAGUAAGUAUUGCUUCGAUUGAGUUGAUUUCAGCCGCUGAACGAGAUUGUGUAGGUUUUCCUUCCUAAUUUCUUGCUUAAUCGGCGCACAUGGAGGUGAAUUUAAAGGAAUCGCGGGUAAAAUUAGGUCGUCUAUCACCAGAAAUUCGAGAGCAACUUGCUCUAUCGAUGAGUUCUUGUCCAACCGAUAGGAGGUGGGUAUAUAGAUUUAUUGUUCUGACGCCUCCGAUGAAUAGAAGCCACCAUCACCAACCUUCUCUGGCUCUUCGUGGUCGCCUUCCAGUCGAUGCUACGCCUUCUACUCCUCCAGAUGUCCUCCGACAUCGUCUGCUCCUCCGGAAUCCCUCCAACAUCUAUCCUUGUCAUUUGUGAAGGUUGGCAAGCAUAGUAAUAGCAACUGUUGCUAUUAGAACCUUGUUGGCUCCAAUCACAAUUAAUCAGCACAAGGUUGCCUCAAAGUUAACUAUUUUGGGGCCAGAAUUGGAGCAGAUUCAACAAAAGAUGGAAGAUAAGAGCAUGAGUCCAACGGCUGUAGCUGAAGUUGAGGCACAAAAGAAAAGAGUAUAUAUGGAAUAUUCUGCUGCUAUGUAUACUCAAUUUACCAGACUUUUCAUCCAAGCCCCUGUCUUUGUCAGAUUUUUCCUUGCUAUUGAGAACAUGGUGGAAAAGGUUUCAUCUUUUCAAACUGGUGGGGCAUAUUGGUUCAUUGACCUUACCAUUAUUGAUGCCUUCUAUAUUCUUCCUAUAUUGGCUGCCAUUUCAUGUUGGAUAACUGUCGAGUUUACCAUGCAGGAAGGUAAGUGUGGUGGUGUUUGGAAAAACAUUGCAAGGGGCGGUGCUGAUCUUACGCUUCCUCAUACAACAUACACAGGAAGCAUCUUAAUUGCUGUCAACCCGUUCACAAAGCUUCCUUAUCUGAUGUCCUUCUCAAGAAGACAAGGAGCAAUACAAACAAGAUGAAUGCAUAGUUAUGUUUAGGUUUUCUUUUAUGAUGUGUUUGAUUUUUUAACAAUUAUUUAAAUUCUUGAAAUGAGGACAAUUUUCUUUUCUUUGAUAUUGUAAUUUGGAAUGUAAUGUAUGGAUUUGGAUUUCAAUUAUUAGUAAUAUCAAAUUAUGAAUUUUGUUUU